AUGGGGCGAAUGUUUGGCGGCAUCACGACAACGUAUAGCUAGCGGCACUUCGCUAAUGGACGAAGAACGACAAGCUCAAUCAUGUUACUAUAAUGCCAAGAAGAAAAAGUUUACACACUUUGAAUGUUGGGAAGUGGUUAAAGAUCAUCCAUCUUUCGUUGCGGUGCUACCUACUACUCCAUCUCCAUAUGCAAGUAGUUACCACGGUACUCCUUCCGCAACUGAAUCAUCUCCAACCAUCAAUUUGGAUGACGACCAAUUGAAUGAGACACCUCAAAGCAACACGGCAACUCCAUCGAGUCCACCUAGACCAAUGGGAACCAAGGCGGCAAAGGAAGCUAGGCGCCAAAAGAAACAUGGUAAGACUCCUAUUGAGCAACGGGUGGAGGUUUUGCAUACCAUUGCAAGUGACCAAGCAUCAUGGCAUACCAAGAGGCUAGCCCAUAAUGAAAGUGAGCUUAAUUAUUAUGCGGAGUACAUAGACAUUCAAAAGCGAAAAGAAGCAAGGGCGGAAGAAGAGUUACGAUUGAAGAAACAAGAGAAUGACACAAGGAUCAUGACAAUGGAUUUGGAGGCUAUGACCCCAAUCUCGAAAAGGUAUUUUACCAAGAGGAAACUAGCAAUCCUUAAUGAAGGAGAAGCUAGUCAAGAUCAACCUACCGAUGAAACAUAUUCGGAUUGUUAUCACCCAAAUCGCGUGCUUUUUCCAUAGUAGUUAUAGUAUUGUACUAAGAAUAAAUCUGGGCUUGGCUCGUCAUUUUAUGUAAUUUAAAUUUUUCGAGAAAUAAAAUGCAAUUUAUUUAUUAAGUUGAAAUUGAAAUACACAUUGGGUGCAUCUAAGUUGAUUUUUCUCCGUUUUAAGGUGUGUUAUGGCCUUUAGAAAUACUGUUUUUCAAGUUUAAUACCCCCAGUAGAAGUUUACUACCUCUAGUAAACUUUAGUAAAAAUUUUACUAACCCCAGUAAACUUUAUUUUUUGCAUCUAAGUUGAUUUUUCUCCGUUUUAAGGUGUGUUAUGGCCUUUAGAAAUACUCUUUUUCAAGUUUAAUACCCCCAGUAGAAGUUUACUACCUCUAGUAAACUUUAGUAAAAAUUUUACUAACCCCAGUAAACUUUAUUUUUUGCAUCUAAGUUGAUUUUUCUCCGUUUUAAGGUGUGUUAUGGCCUUUAGAAAUACUCUUUUUCAAGUUUAAUACCCCCAGUAG